AUUUGUAAGACUCCAGGGCCUUCAAGCUGUGAUCAGUCAGACGGUUCCUGAAACGGCUGGGAAAGAGGUGCUUUGGUGCCCAUCGAAGAGCGCAUGUCUGUGCAUAUCUAAGCCCUUCUUUGUACACAUACACGUUUACACAGGAAGACAGGCUCACUCUGGCGCACACUUGAAGAGUUUUACAACUGAUGAAAAUUAAUGCAAGACUCAGAUGGAGCAACCUGACGCUGUGGGGCUCAGGAGCCUGGGGGGAGGAGGACGCUACUAGUGGUCAGUUUUCCACACGCUCUUCGCGGUUGAAGAAAGUUUGCAGAAAGAAGAAAAGGAAACUUGCUCAGCUCAAGCCUCAGAAGCACCUCCCCAGGGUAAAAAGAGGGCUUGGUGAGAAGGUGGCCGGCAGUGAAGUGUGGCUUCAAGCAGCACAGGAGGGGUCAUGCAGUGAGUUUUGCACUUUAUUUUCUAGUGGUUUUGGUGAUCUGGACAGACUUCAAAACUCUGGACUGAGAAGUAACUCUGGCUGUGUGGUCGUGACUUCAGGAAAGCAAGGUCAGGGUAACAUUUCAAGGUAGCAGUUGAAACCAGUAUUUAUAAAAUAAAUAUCAAGGAACAUCCAAGCAAAGCUGCUUUUCUUUGGACUGUACAUGUGGCAUUUGGAAGCAGUCUCUGAAUGUGAGCAGGAGAGCGCCCAUCAGAAAACAUGCUGACUCUUUAGGGAACAGUCUGGAAGAACCCGACUCUUGCCUGUAUUUUCAUUUUAAGGGAUUCCCUUCCCUGUUGAGUCCAAGAAGACUUGCAUAUAGGAGGAAGAUUACUUGAUGGACUUAAUUCUGAGAUUAGUCUUUUCCUUCAAGAUGGAAAAAUAUGUGAUCUUUAGGAGCGGAAAGGGGAGAGGCAAAUAGGGAGGGAGGAAGGAGACGGGACAAAAGAGACAGAAUCCUGUAGUGAGGCCCGCUUUUGGCGGCAAGAGGAUUUAGGAUUCACUCAAGGCAAACACUUGUGCCACUUAAAGAGCUUUAGAACCUUCUGGCCCUGCGAGUGAAGGGAUUUUCUCUCUCCGCCUCCAUGACACCAAGGAGUGCACUGGUUUAUCGGGGGGAGGUCAGAUGGAGCCCAGCUCCUCACCAGGACAUAGCCACCUGCCUGCUGGGAAGUCAGGCCGGGCCCUGAGGUGGGAAGUUUCUGGUUCUGAACAGUGGCAAGAGUCUUUUUCUUCCUGAACUUGGACUGCUGUCUGCACAAAUUCUGGUCUGUUUUUGCACGGUUUGUGUGCCUUUUUUCCCCUUUAUGCAAUCUUUUUCAGCUUCAGCAGCAGAAAUUUGUCUAGUUGAGAAAACAUGCCAGAGGGUGGCUUCAGAAGGAAGAUGAUCCCAUGUGUUCUGUCUCUGCAUCUGAAAUUUUAAAGAGAAAAUUCCAGCUCGAGGGAUUCUUUAAAGCCUUAAGUUACUUGAAAUCUAUGUAUUUGCAACCCUUUGUCUCUGGAAUCAUAUUACACUAAACUGGAAUCUCAGGCUGAACGAGAAUAACCAAGUUGAGUUAAGAGAAGAAAACUUAGUUUCUUGAUCGGCACAUGUUAAUGAUGCUCUUCUUCCUCUAAGGACUUGAAAAGAAAAACAAACGCAUGUUGUUUUUAAGCAUUACCUUUUCUUAGCAGACUGCCAUCAUCUUUUCUAGAGGAAUUUUUUCACUAUGCAUUUGGUGGAUCUUUAUAAAAUACUGGCCUUCUGAUUAGAUCCAGGUCAGUCUUGAUUAAAAGGGGUCAGGGAAAACAACGCAAGCCAACCACAAAAAUCCAAUCAACUAAUGAAAAGAAUUGGUUUAAGUUUCCUGGCAUUCAGCAUUACUAUUUAAAUAAAAGAGUUCACUGGAAAAAAGUAUGUAUGCAGCGGUGGAGCAUGGGCCUGUCCUUUGCAGCGACUCCAACAUCCUCUGUCUGUCGUGGAAGGGGCGCGUUCCCAAGAGUGAAAAGGAGAAGCCAGUGUGUCGGCGGCGCUACUAUGAGGAGGGCUGGCUGGCCACAGGCAACGGCCGCGGCGUUGUUGGGGUGACCUUCACUUCGAGCCACUGCCGCCGGGACAGAAACACUCCCCAGAGAAUAAACUUCAACCUGCGGGGCCACAAUAGUGAGGUUGUGCUGGUGAGGUGGAAUGAGCCGUACCAGAAGCUGGCCACGUGUGACGCAGAUGGAGGGAUAUUUGUGUGGAUUCAGUACGAAGGGAGGUGGUCCGUGGAACUGGUCAACGACCGAGGGGCUCAGGUGAGUGAUUUCACAUGGAGCCACGAUGGAACUCAAGCACUUAUUUCAUAUCGAGAUGGGUUUGUCCUGGUUGGUUCUGUCAGCGGACAAAGACACUGGUCAUCUGAGAUAAACCUUGAGAGUCAGAUCACAUGUGGCAUAUGGACUCCUGAUGACCAACAGGUGCUGUUUGGCACGGCCGACGGGCAGGUGAUCGUCAUGGACUGCCACGGCAGGAUGCUGGCCCACGUGCUCCUGCACGAGUCCGACGGCAUCCUCAGCAUGUCCUGGAACUGCCCCGCCUUCCUGGUGGAGGACAGCAGCGAGAGCGACACGGACUCAGACGACUACUCCCCACCCCAAGAUGGUCCAGCAGCGUAUCCCAUCCCGGUGCAGAACAUCAAGCCGCUGCUCACUGUCAGCUUCACCUCGGGGGACAUCAGCUUAAUGAACAACUACGACGACUUGUCUCCUACUGUCAUCCGCUCAGGGCUGAAAGAGGUGGUGGCCCAGUGGUGCACACAGGGAGACCUCCUGGCCGUCUCUGGCAUGGAACGGCAGACCCAGCUCGGUGACCUCCCCAAUGGCCCUCUUCUGAAGAGUGCCAUGGUCAAGUUCUACAAUGUCCGCGGGGAGCACAUCUUCACCCUGGACACGCUUGUGCAACGCCCCAUUGUCUCCAUCUGCUGGGGACAUCGGGACUCGCGGCUGCUGAUGGCUUCAGGACCAGCCCUGUACGUGGUGCGCGUGGAGCACCGCGUGUCCAGCCUGCAGCUGCUGUGCCAGCAGGCCAUCGCCAGCGCCCUGCGAGAAGACAAGGACGUCAGCAAGCUGACCCUGCCCCCCCGCCUUUGCUCCUACCUCUCUACCGCCUUCAUCCCCACCAUCAAGCCCCCAAUUCCAGACCCCAAUAACAUGCGAGACUUUGUCAGCUACCCCUCGGCUGGCAACGAGCGUCUGCACUGCACCAUGAAGCGCACAGAGGACGACCCGGAGGUGGGCGGCCCGUGCUACACCCUCUACCUGGAGUACCUGGGCGGGCUUGUGCCCAUCCUCAAGGGGCGACGCAUCAGCAAGCUGCGGCCAGAGUUUGUCAUCAUGGACCCCCGGACAGAUAGCAAAUCAGAUGAAAUCUACGGCAACAGCUUGAUCUCCGCCAUGCUCGACAGCUGUAACUGCUCAGACUCCAGUGAUAUCGAACUGAGUGACGACUGGGCUGCCAAGAAAUCCCCCAAAAUCUCCCGAGCUAGCAAAUCACCCAAACUCCCAAGGAUCAACAUUGAGGCUCGGAAGUCUCCCAAGCUGUCCCGGGCUGCUCAGGAGAUGUCCAGGUCUCCCCGGUUGCCGAUGCGCAAGCCCUCCAUUGGCUCACCCAGCCUGACGCGAAGAGAGUUUCCCUUUGAAGACAUCACUCAGCACAACUAUCUUGCUCAGGUCACGUCUAAUAUCUGGGGAACGAAGUUUAAGAUUGUGGGCUUGGCUGCUUUCCUGCCAACCAACCUCGGUGCAGUAAUCUAUAAAACCAGCCUCCUGCAUCUCCAGCCACGGCAGAUGACCAUCUAUCUCCCAGAGGUUCGGAAGAUUUCCAUGGACUAUGUUAAUUUACCUGUCUUCAACCCAAAUGUUUUCAGUGAAGAUGAAGAUGAUUUACCAGUGACGGGAGCAUCGGGUGUGCCUGAGAACAACCCUCCAUGUACCGUGAACAUCCCCAUCGCUCCCAUCCACAGCUCGGCGCAAGCUAUGUCCCCCACACAGAGCAUAGGAUUGGUGCAGUCCCUGCUGGCCAAUCAGAAUGUGCAGCUGGACGUCCUGACCAAUCAGACCACGGCAGUGGGGACGUCUGAGCAUGGAAGUGAUAGUGCCACCCAGUACCCAGUCUCCAACCGCUAUUCCAACCCCGGACAGGUGAUCUUCGGAGGUGUGGAGAUGGGCCGCAUCAUCCCCAACCCCGCUCAGCUGUCCCUGCCACCGCCUGCACCAGGGGCGAUCCAGCUCUCGGUGUUGGACCACGGAGACCGAGACCAUGACCACCUGCAGAAGUCCGCCAAGGCCCUGCGGCCAGUGCCGCAGCUGGCCGCCGAGGGGGACGCAGUGGUGUUCAGUGCCCCGCAGGAGGUCCAGGUGGCGAAGAUGAACCCCCCACCCCCCUACCCGGGAACCAUCCCCGCCGCCCCCACCACAGCAGCGCCCCCGCCCCCGCUACCGCCCUCGCAGCCUCCGGUGGACACGUGCCUGAAGAAGGGCGACUUCUCGCUGUACCCCACGGCGGCACAUUACCAGACGCCCCUGGGCUAUGAGAGGAUCACCACCUUUGACAGCAGCGGCAACGUGGAGGAGGUGUGCCGGCCUCGGACGCGGAUGCUCUGCUCCCAGAACACCUACACCCUCCCCGGCCCGGGCAGCUCAGCCACCCUGCGGCUCACCGCCACUGAGAAAAAGGUCCCCCAGCCUUGCACCAGUGCCACCCUGAACCGCCUGACCGUCCCACGCUACUCCAUCCCGACGGGAGAUCCACCCCCGUACCCCGAAAUCGCCGGCCCGCUAGUCCCGGGUCGGAGCGCGGCGCAGAGGCCCGACAGUCUCAUCCACGCCACGCUGCGCAGGAACAACCGCGAGGUGGCGCUCAAGGCGGCGCAGCUGGCCGAGCCCCCGCGGGUCCCCCCGCAGCACCCGCCCAAGCCCAAGGGUGCGGCGCAGUUCCCGGCGCGGCCCCCGCCGGCCUUGUAUACCUGCAGUCAGUGCAGCGGCGGGGCCGUGGCGGGGCGGCCCGAGCCUGGCGCCGGGGGUGCUGGAGGUGUGCAGCCGGGCUCGGGCCUGGCCCACGCCGCCAGCACCUCACCCCUGACCUCCCAGUCGUCCUACAGCCUCCUGAGCCCGCCAGACGGCGCCCGCGACCGCGCCGACUACGUUAACUCGGCCUUCACGGAGGACGAGGCGCUGGCCCAGCACUGUCCGGUCGAGAAGCCCCUGAGGCACCCCACGCUGACUGAAGCUGCUGUGGCCGUCAAACGGCCACCCCCUUACCAGUGGGACCCUGUGCUGGGGGAAGACAUUUGGGUUCCUCAGGAAAGGACAGCACAGACUGCAGUGCCCAACCCCCUGAAACUGCCUCCUCUGAUAGUAGGUCAGAGCCAGCAUCUGGACGUGUCCCGUGUGCCCUUCCUAUAUGUGGUAUCUGGAAGCAAAGCGUGCGAGGCACCUGGUGUUCUUUUCGGAAACAUAGUUGCCGUGGUAAUGUCCUACUGUGUCUGCUUCUGUCACCUGCCAGGACAAGGGGCCCUUCGGAAGGAAGGUAGACUGCCUUCCCGCCUGCUGUUCUUUUAGACUAGGGAGUGUGCAUUAUUUUCGUUCUCCACAACACCUAGCUUUAUUACUCCUCCCUAUUGUAACCACUAGUGUGAAAACAAAAGACUUUUAAAAAGAACAACCCCAAAUCCGGAAGGUACAGGUUCUCUUAGGGGGCCAUUCAGAUCACACAUACAAUGUUACUCCCCCAGAAGUGACUUGAUUAAUGAAAGGUGUUAUGGCAAAUGCACUGUGUUUGACUAAUAGCAGUAGCCUUUGCCCAGCGGUGCUCUUACCAGCUCUAAAUACAGUUCGCUCAUGAUGAUGUAGGAGGAAGGGACGGCAGGUGAAGAAGGAGCUUCUGCGCAUGGACACCUGGGUGGUUUACACGGUGGGACUUGAAGCAGUACAAGAGCUGUGCUCCUCUCUGCACGAUGUUUACGUUGAAGACUCUGCUAGUUGUAUAACGUGUCAGAAGUCCGUGGGUUCUGUAACAAUCAUUCAGUGUGCUUGCCUUCGGGAGAAGGUAAAAGACCAAAUGGAAAGAUCUGGCACAUGGUGGGGAAGCAACUUUGUCACCUAGUGCACUGGUAAGUCACUAGAUACCCACUUACUGAAAAACAACCUUCAUCCCCUCCCCCAUUUUAUUGUUUAAUCUAGAAAAUGUGGCAGACGGCCUUCUCUUUCCCAGUAGAUAAGUGUUCCACACUUUCUCAUCUGAAAAAUGCUGAUGAUACUCAUUUGAAAGCACUCCUUUCCUCCUCUUGGCAACAUUAAAGUUCACUUGACUAGAAAUAUUUUCUAAUGGUUUAGAAAUGUAACAAAAUUUUAAGCAAUCGACAGGGUAUUGAAAGAUAGAGGUAUGGUCAUCUCUUUGAAAAAAAUAACUAGGAGGAGGGAAAAAAGUUCUUUAUUAACUGAAUAGACUGUUUACUGAGGAGAUAAACCACUGGGAACACAUUAUUAAAAUUAUAGUACUUAAGAGAGCUGGUUGAUCUCACACACACACACACACACACACACACACACACCCUGGAAUAUCUUUUCUUGCCUCCUCCUCCUUAGGGGACACUUUGGGCAGCCUUCAGCCCUGAUGAUAACAAAGCCCAGUUUGUUGUUGUCAAUCACUCGUACCUGUGAUGUUGUUUAGGGCAGGAGCACAAGAGCUAUGUACUGGCACAGGGCCCUCAAUUUGGGUUUUGUUUGGAACAGACAAAUGGAAGACACCACAGAAAAGUCUUUUGAAAAUAAUGUAUUUUUACAUUCCUUGUUUUGAUUUACAAACUAGAAAAGAAACUGGCCCAUUCCUUCCCCAGAGCAAGACGAAAUCACUCACCAUUUUCUCCAGACCUUGAAGGAGCACAGAUGAGGACAUCUCCCAGCCAACAUCAGAGUUUUCCAUCUUAUAUUUUAAAAUAUUGAGCCUGAUUCUUGGUGGGUAAAUUCUUGCAGAAAGAAUUUAGCAACGUAUUCAAAAUUAUAUAAUUCUUUUAUAGGUGUUUCUAUAGCUUGGUAAGAUGUUUCAGUGUUUAUAUUAGUUGUGCAAUAAUGGUUAUGGCCUAUUUCUAAAAUAAUUUAAAUGCAGUUCCCCUGUUUUGUUGUCCAAGAGAUAAUUAUUUAUCUUGCUUUAAUGGUGUUCUUAGGAAUUAUUUUGUGGCUAUGUACUGGUGAGUUAUGCCCAUUUUAUUUAUUUAGAAAAAUAGUAUGUUUGUAAUGAGUUAUUUGGUAGCAGUACAUUUUGCUGCAAGAAAUAAAGAGGAUAUGAUAGAAGGGUUUUUUGCUGGACAAUUUGUAACUUUUUCUAGUUGGGAAAAAAUUCCUAUUCUUUAGAAGUAAUUUUUUUUUCCAUCCUGUGGUAUUGAUUAUAUACAGAGGAGUAGAUUUCUUUAAGAUGCCAUAUCCUAAAAUAAUAUCGUCCCUUUUGAACGCUUUUAAUUAAAAAUAAAAGGUGCUAUGAAAUGAAAAGAGGAGACUAAUUAGAAGAGUAGCAGAGGAAGGCAUUAUUGUCACUAAGUGUCCACUUUCCAGAUUCUGAUUGGUUUUUUGAGAUACAAAGACCAAGAAAAGAUAUAUUUCAGAACUUUUCUUACUAAAAGCAAUUAUAAGGGGAAGUCCUUGGAAUAAAAAAACAAAGAUAUUUGUGAAGAGGAAGUGAAUAUUUGUAGCAAAUAAUUGAACUUUCUAAAUUCUUGACUCACUCCCCAAAAGGUCUCUUCUGCACAUGGAGACACAGGCCUUGUCUUGCGGGUUUAGCAUACCCAGGAUUCAGCCCCUGAAGAUGUAGCAGGGGUCUGGCUCUGUGCUCUGGCCCAGAGGAGGAACCCUGUCCUGUCAGCCACGCUUAUGCAGACGUCUGCAGCAUGGGGAAAGUUAAGUCUUUCAGGUUAAUGGUGAUGGUUUCACUGAUUGUAAAAAUUGUUUUCAUUCAGUCUCAAUUUAUUAAAUACUACUAAAGUCAGUACUUUAAAUGGAAUUCUACCUACAUACUUCGUGCUUAUUAAUAUAGCAAUUUAUUAAUAUUAAGUUACCUCAUUGAGUCUCUAAAUUUAAAAACAUUAGCCCAGGCAACUGUAUGAAGAAUCCAUGCCUUUUCCAGGAAAGGAGUGUAUUAAGAGACCUAAAAACCGAUUUUAAAUUUGUUCUGCCUCUAACCUUAUCAAACCAAAGGCACAGAUUUGGGUACAGUGUAUCCACUGAAUGUAUAUUCCAAGAAAAGUUGGUGCCAAGGAAGCAGGAAAAUGUGAAGGCUCUAAUGGCAGCAGUCAGGAUUUUACAGGUUGGUCUUUUCCCCCACGUUCAUUGCUCCCUAGUUGAGUGUCCCAUGAGGAUGUGUGAAACAGCAUGCAGUCAUCUUGACCCUGGGGUCAAGCCUGCUCUGCCACAGAGCUGGAGGGUGACCUUGGGCCUCCAUUUGUCCAUCUAUAAAAUGAAAGGAAUGACCUGGACGAAAUUCUAAAGUGUCCAGCUCUAACAGCCGACGGUUCAAAAUGUGACCGUGUCCUCAUUCCACUUUACAAGCUUGGAAGGUGUGUUUCGAAAUAAUUCUUUUUACAGAGAAACAUUUCUUUUCCGGCAUCAAUGAGCUAUCUGGUGAAUGUAAACCAGUGCGUUUAAAAUAAUCUUUAGCAAGUUUACCUCUAGAAACAAAUGCAUUUGGAGUCAUGUUCUUGUAAAAUUACACCAAAGCAUCAAUUCCAAGUGAGACAGGAUCCUCCCCAUGAGUGUGCCCUGCUCAGUGGACACCCUUGUGAACAGCCCUAAAGUAAGUCACCAUUUGCCCCCAAAAAGCCAUAGUGUGGGUUGAAAAAAGAACAAAGGAGUAUAUGCCCGGGCUGGCUUGAAUUCUUGAGUGUGUUCAACCGUGUUACAUUGUCUUCAAGUUGAAAAGGUUUUUUGGAAAGACCCUAUCGUGUCCCUGUGCGGGCCAUCUAUCCCUUGGCCAAGUCUAAUUGUGAACAAAGUGAGACAAAGUGUGUCAAAAAUGCUUGAGUUCCUGGGAUUUUGUAACAACACACAGCUCUGAUCUCACCAUUUGUGUAUUUCCUUAGUUCUGGCUGAUAAAACUCUUGAAGGGUUGUGGCUUAUUUUGUUUUCAUUUCUUUGGCUUUGUGCAAUUUUCUUGUAACUUGUACCGAUAUUUUCUGUUUACAAGUUCUUUUAAAGGGGAGGGGUAGGGUUCUAAGAUCUUGUUGUUGUAGAUAAAUUUUUUUUCGUGUUGUAGAAAAGCAUGGGUUAUGCGUUUGACUGAAAAAGGCACUGUAUUAUUUACCAAAGGGGUAUUGUUUUUGCAUUUGUUAAUAAAUGCAUUAUUUUGGUACUGUAAA